AUGGGAACUUACAGGAAAAGAUUCAAUGAAAAGGCAAGGGCUGGUCAAAUGGCCAAACUUAGAGAAUUAAAAAGAAUAAGGAAUAAACAAUUUUUUAGACAUGAAUUUACUAACGAUAGUGAUAAUGAUGAUAAUGAUUCAAUGAAGAAAUCCGAAGAUACAAUUAGUAACGAAGAUACUAAUGCUGAAUUAUUGAAACCUUUAACUGAAGAAGAGAGAUCUCUGAAGAAAAGAAAAUUACAAGAAUUGUUCACUCCAAAGGAAUCUAAAAUAUCUCGACAGAAGAAGAAAAGAUUAGAUAAGUUUAUUGAACAUCAACUGAAAAGGGAAGAGAGAAAGGCAAUUAUUGAAAAAUUACAAGGUUAUAAAAUUGAUACUUCUAAAUUGACAAGUUCUAAAAAAUUAGGUCAUGGGAGACAAACCAGGAAAGAAGAAUUUGCCGAAGCUUUAGAACUAGAGAGACAAGGUAGGGGUACAGCUAAAACCAAAGAUAUUCUAUAUGAGGAACAUGAGUUUAAAGAAUGGAAUGAUGAUAAAAAUGAUAAUAGUAUAAACAAAGAAGAAGAGGAAGAAAAAAGUGACUUUGAGUCCAAGUUUGGUGAUAUACCAACUGAGGCUGCUUCCUCCUUUAUUGAUAACAGACCUUCUAAAUUUGGUGGACAAGGCUUCGGUUUUGGUUUUGCCAAUAUUGAGGUAGUCAAAAAAGAGAAAAAAGCUUCCAAGAGGAAAUAUAAUUGGAGACAACGAAUUGAACUUCAAGAAAAAAAGAAUCAAAUGUUAGAAGAUGAAUUAGAUUUUAAGUCAAGCUUUGAAGAAGAUGAUGAUGAGGAAGAAGAUGAAAAUAGUACAGAGGAAGAAAAUUCAAAAGAGAAAUCCAAUGAUAAUACUGUGAGUAGUAAUGAAGAAGAGUUGGAAGAAGAAGUAAAUGAAGAAUCUGAAGGAUCUGAAGAAGAAUUAUCCUCUGAAGAAAGUGAGGCUAAGAAGAGAGCUGAGGAAUUCAAAGAGUGGGCCAAUCAAGAGAUUAAAAAAAUUGAAGGAAGAGAUGGAAAUUUAGAAACUCCAACUUUAAACAUCGAAUAUAAACCUAUUAUUAGAGAAGAAGAUUUAGAUGAUGGCCUAGAAACUAAUACUAUUCCUGUAAACUUAAACUCUAAAAGAAAAGCCUUUUUUGUUAAAGUGAAGAGACCUGAAGAAAUCCAACAAACCAGAAUGCAAUUACCUGUAUUUGCUGAAGAACAUUCAAUUAUGGAGGCGAUCCAUCAUAAUGAUGUUGUUAUUAUUUGUGGUGAAACAGGUUCUGGUAAGACCACUCAAGUUCCUCAAUUUUUGUAUGAAUCUGGGUUCGGUAGUAAAGAUUCUGAUGAUUAUCCAGGUAUGAUUGGUAUCACACAACCAAGAAGAGUUGCUGCUGUUUCUAUGGCUAAUCGUGUUAGUAAUGAAUUGGGUGAUCAUGGUAAUAAAGUAGCUUAUCAAAUUCGUUUUGAUUCCACCACUAAGGAUGAUACAAGAGUGAAGUUCAUGACUGAUGGUGUUUUAUUAAGAGAAAUGAUGCAUGAUUUCAAACUUACCAAGUACUCUUCUAUCAUCAUUGAUGAAGCGCAUGAGAGAAAUAUUAAUACAGACAUCCUGAUCGGUAUGUUAAGUCGUUGUGUCAGAUUACGUGCUAAAGAACAUGACGUAGAUCCUAUGAACUGCAAAAAAUUAAAGUUGAUUAUCAUGUCAGCUACACUUAGAGUUUCUGAUUUUAGUGAAAAUUCUACUUUAUUCCCCAUUCCGCCACCUAUAUUAAAUAUUUCUGCUAGACAAUUCCCAGUUUCAAUCCAUUUUAAUCGUAAGACUGCAUUUAACUACGUCGAGGAAGCAUUCAAGAAGACUUGUAAAAUCCAUAGACGAUUACCACCAGGUGCUAUUUUAGUUUUCCUAACUGGUCAACAGGAGAUAACACAAAUGGUAAAAAGAUUAAGAAAAGAAUUUCCUUUCCCUAAGAAACACAAGCACCAUAAAAAUGAUGACAAUAUAGCUACCGUAUGGGUUAAUUCCAAAAACACGGAUCUUGAAGUUGAAGAUAUUAAUUUUAGUGUUAAAGCUGUUGAUGAAGAACAAUUUAAUGCUGAAAUCCAAGAAGAAAGUGAUAUAGAUGAUACUAGUGAAGAUGAAGAAGGAUUUGAGGAGGUAUUAACUGAAGAACAAACUCCAAAUGACCCAUUGUAUGUUUUACCAUUAUACUCAUUAUUACCCACUAAAGAACAGAUGAGAGUGUUUGAAGACCCACCUCCUGGAUCUAGAUUAUGUGUUGUGGCCACUAACGUUGCAGAAACAUCACUAACUAUUCCUAAUGUCAGGUACGUAGUUGACUGUGGUAGAUCUAAAGAGCGUGUUUACAAUGAAGAAAAUGGCGUUCAAAGUUUCGAAAUAGGUUGGAUCAGCAAAGCCAGUGCAGAUCAAAGAAGUGGUAGAGCUGGUCGUACUGGUCCAGGCCAUUGUUAUAGGUUAUAUUCUUCUGCUGUAUUUGAACGUGAUUUCGAGCAAUUCUCACGCCCUGAAAUUUUACGAAUGCCGGUUGAAAGUAUUGUACUUCAAAUGAAAAGUAUGGCUAUUCAUAAUAUUAUAAAUUUCCCAUUUCCUACUCCACCAGAUAGGACAAUGUUGGCUAAUGCAUUACAGUUAUUAAAAUAUCUAGGUGCCUUAGAUAUGAAGGAACGUAUUACAGAAGACGGUAAAAAAAUGAGUCUAUUCCCAUUAUCACCUAGGUUUUCUAAGAUGGUACUAGUUUCUACAGAACAAAAUUGCCUGCCUUAUGUUGUUUCAAUUGUGAGUGCAUUAUCUGUUGGUGAUCCAUUUAUCAGUGAAUUCGAAUUGGGUAUCAAUGAAAAGAUCAGAAAUAGUGAAUCCAGAGAAGGCAAUGAUUCUGAGGAUGAAACAGAAAAUAAUUCUAUAAAAGAGGAAAAAAAGCGUGAAUUAAGGAUAAAAUUUUAUAAAAGUAGAAAUAGGUUCAGUAAAUUAGAUCCUUAUAGUGAUGCUUUUCGUUUAUUAAGUGUAGUGAGUGCGAUUGAUUAUAUUCCAAAAUUAGCAAGAGAAAAAUUUAUAGAAGAUAAUUUCCUAAGAGGUAAAUUGAUGGAAGAAAUCAUGAAGUUAAGAAAACAAUUGACUUAUAUCAUUAAGUCAAAUACACCAAAAGAGAACAUUGCUAUCACAGUGAAAGAUGAGGACCUAAAAUCUGAUAUCCCCAAUGAAACACAAUUAAAAUUAUUAAAACAAAUGAUAUGUGCUGGAUUUGUUGACCGUGUUGCAAUUCGUGCCGAUUGUAUUUACCCUGAAGAUGCAAAAAUCACAAACAAAACCAGUCUGGUCAAUAUUCCAUAUAUCCCAGUGAUGGCGCAAAAGAGCCCUAUCAUUGAAGAAUCCUUUGUUUAUAUUCAUCCAACAUCCAUUCUUUCUAACUUAGGGGAAUUGCCUCCAAAAUAUCUAAUUUUCCAUUCUUUGCACCUUGGUAAUAAUAAUAAAACAAGAAUAAAUGCUUUAUGUGAUAUAAAGAGCACACCGCUCGCAAAUAUAGCAAGGAAGGGCCAACUAUUGUCUUACAGUAAGCCGUUGACUGGUCAAGGAUUAAAGACAAUAAACCUAUCAAUAAAUGAACGUGUAUGUUACGUAGUCCCCAGAUUCGGUAGUUCUGCGGACAGUGAUCUUAAGAUUGGUUGGGAUUUAAAUCCAAUAGCAGUUCACCAAAAGAAAGAAAAUGGUCGAUGGAUUGUUGAUAAAUUCUUAACCAAUAAAAAUUAUAAAUCAAUUGGACAAGCACAAAAAUCUUAG